AGCAGCACGAGAAGAGGAAGCAGCCUUGCAUCCCUGCAUGCACCGUCGUGUAUGACUCUGGGUGCUGUAAAGUCCUCCAGCGGUCUGUGUUUCAGUUAAAUGAGGGUUAAAAGUGACGCAGCGUGUUGACACCAAACAGAAGUGACUCAGCAGCUCCAGAAGCAUGAAUCUGAAGAUAAAGUUAGAUUAGUCUUUACUUUAGCUUCUCAUGCUCACCGGCUCAGUUCAACUUUCCGGUGAGUUUAUUGUGAUGGAAACACGUUGAAGGAAAAAAAACAAACCCUCCACGAUCAAAGCAGGUGACCGGCAGGAAGAGAAGCGUCUGGCGGAGGAACCGAAGAACUUAGUCGGCCAUUUUGUCUCAACUCAGCCACUACAGAGACAAAAUGGUUUCUUCACAAAAGAAACAUAAAGGCCAAAAUGGAUCAGAACCUCGUUCCUCUCAGGAGGGUGACAAAGCUGUCCCAGCAUCAGGAAACGAAGAUGAAUCCCACAGCUGUGACCAGUGUGGAAAGGUGUUUCCCACUGUCAAACAGAUAAACAGACACCAACUUAUCCACACUGAAGAAAAACUGCACAGUUGUGACAACUGUGGAAGAAGCUUUGUCACUUCAGCAAUACUAAGAAUCCACCAACGCAUCCACACUGGUGCUAAACCGUACAGCUGUGACCACUGUGGAAAAACCUUUCGCCAUUCAUCUGGUAUUAGAAUGCAUAAAUUAACACAUACUGGUGAAAAACCAUUCCCCUGUGAUAUGUGUGAGAAAACUUUCCCUUCAUCAUAUCGUUUAAGAGAACACAAAAACACCCACACUGGAUAUAAACCCAACAUGUGUGGCCAGUGUGGAAAAUCCUUUAGCCAUGCAGUAGCCCUAACAAGACACCUACGCACCCACACUGGAGAAAAACCGUACAACUGUGACCAGUGUGGGAAGGUGUUUUCUUUGUUGAGUACCUUAACAGUACAUAAACAAAGCCAUACUGGAGAAAAACGGUUCCGUUGUGACCAGUGUGGGAAAACUUUCACAACAGCAUCUAACCUCAAAGACCACCAACAGGUCCACAGUGGAGAGAAACUGUACUGUGAGGAGUGUGGAAAAGCCUAUAGCUCGGCACAAACCCUGAGGGUACAUAAACUCAUUCACAAAAGAGAGAAAUGCUUCUGCUGUGACCAGUGUGAGGAAGCUUUCACUUUGCCAACUGACCUCAGAGCCCACCUACGUACCCACUUUGGAGAUAAAGUGCACCGCUGUGACAAGUGUGAUAAACGUUUCAAGACAUUACGUAACCUCAAAAUGCAUCAACUUAUCCACACUGGAGAAAAACCCUUCUGCUGUGAUGUUUGUGGAAGAGCCUUUAACCAGAAAGUAGCCCUGGUACAACAUCAACACAUCCACUCUGUGGAAAAACCCUACAGCUGUGACCAGUGUGACAAAGUAUUUGCUAGACGAAGUUAUUUGAAGUUACACCAAAGCAUCCACAAAGGAGAAAAACCUCACAGGUGUAACCAAUGUGGAGCGUCCUUCUACCGUCAUAUAAACUUAAAACGACACCAACGCAUCCAUACUGGAGAAAAACCGUACAGCUGUGACCAGUGUGGCAAAGCUUUUGCUUUGCGUAGUAACCUACGGAUUCAUCAAAGAGUCCACAAGGGAGAAAAAACACACCGUUGUGACAAGUGCGACAGAGCUUUUACUUUACGAGAUCAAUUAAAAAGACACCAAUUGACCCACUCUGAGAGUAGGCUGUACGGCUGUGAACAGUGUGGAAAAACCUUCAAACAGCCAACCACCCUAAAAAGACACCAGCGUAUGCACAGUGGAGAGGAUGUGUACUGGUGUGAACAAUGCGGGAAAUGUUUCCCAAUGUUCUCGAGCUUAAAGGCCCAUCUAUUCGUCCACACUGUGGAGAAAACACACCGCUGUGACCAGUGUGGGAAAACUUACAAGCAUUUAAACAACCUAAUAUACCACAGACGAAGCCACACUGGGGAGAGACCGUACAAAUGUGACCAAUGUGAGAAGACAUACAAAGAUUCAAACACCCUAAGAACCCACAAGCUGAUCCACACGGGAAAGAGACAGUUCAAGAGCAGCCAUGAUGAGAAGCAGAACGGCACAAAUGGACCCAAUUCUUCCUGUCAGCACGCUGGCAAUGAUAAACCUUACACCUGUGACGAGUGUGGAAGAACCUACAGCCAGAAAAUAACCCUGGACAGACAUCAACGUAUGCACACUGGACAGAAGCUGCACCACUGCAAACAGUGUGGGAGAGGUUUCCCCUUAAUAUCUUCACUUAAACUUCACGAAGUUGCGCACAGUGGGGUUAAAGCGCACCGCUGUGACCAGUGUGGCUCCUCAUACACCACUGCUGGUAGUCUCAGAAGACACCAACUUGUCCACACUGGAGAGAAACCCUACCAGUGCAGGUACUGCGAGAAAACCUUCAAAACAACAUUUGAGCGUACAAGUCAUGAACAUGUCCACGCUGAGAAACUGAACAGCUGUGACAAGACUUCGCAUGACAAACAAAAACAUACCCUCCCUGCUAAAAAACUGUUUCACUGUCACAAAUGUGCACAAAAAUUCUCUACAUUACCAGCUCUCUCCAAACAUCAGUGUGAAUAUGUUAAGAGGAAAUCGUACUGGUGUGAAGAAUGUCAAAAAAGCUUCCCGUCCGCAGACCACAGGAAGACACACGACGCAUCUGGAUCGACAGGAAGUUCCUCUUCUGGCUGCAAGAUCAAACUUAAACAACUUGAGAUCAAGCUCCACAGAAUUCAGAUUGAAUCAAGCCAGAGCACCCUGAGAGAACCCAAACAGAAAUGUAAAGGCCAAAAUGGAUCAGAACCUCGUUCCUCUCAGGAGGGUGACAAAGCUGUCCCAGCAUCAGGAAACAAAGAUGAAUCCCACAGCUGUGACCAGUGUGGAAAGAUGUUUCCCACUGUGAAACAGAUAAACAGACACCAACUUAUCCACACUGGAGAAAAACUGCACAGUUGUGACAACUGUGGAAGAAGCUUUUUCACUGCAGCAAAACUAAGAAUCCACCAACGCAUCCACACUGGUGCUAAACCGUACAGCUGUGAUCACUGUGGAAAAGCCUUUCGCCACUCAUUCAGUCUUAAAAUACACAAAUUUACACAUACUGGUGAAAAACCAUUCCCCUGUGAUAUGUGUGAGGAAACUUUCCCUUCAUCAUAUCGUUUAAGAGAACACAAAAACACCCACACUGGAUAUAAACCCAACAUGUGUGGCCAGUGUGGAAAAUCUUUUAGUCAAGCAGCCACACUAACGGGACACCUAUGCACCCACACUGGAGAAAAACCGUACAACUGUGACCAGUGUGGGAAGGUGUUUUCUUUGUUGAGUACCUUAACAGUACAUAAACGAAGCCAUACUGGAGAAAAACGGUUCCGUUGUGACCAGUGUGAGAAAGCUUUCACAAGAGCAUCUAACCUCAAAGACCACCAACAGGUCCACAGUGGAGAGAAACUGUACUGUGAGGAGUGUGGACAAGCCUAUAGCUUGGCACAAUCCCUGAGGGUACAUAAACUCAUUCACAAAAGAGAGAAACGCUUCCGCUGUGACCAGUGUGACAAAGCAUUUGCUAGACAAAGUUAUUUGAGGGUACACCAACGUAUCCACACUGGAGAAAAACCUCACAUGUGUGACCAGUGUGGAACAUCCUUCUUCGAGUAUAUACACUUAAAACAACACCAACGCGUCCAUACUGGAGAAAAACCGUACAGCUGUGACCAGUGUGGCAAAGCUUUUGCUGCACUUGGUAACCUACGAGUUCAUCAAAAAGUCCACAAGGGAGAAAAAACACACCGUUGUGACAAGUGCGACAGAGCUUUUAUUUUACGAGGUCAAUUAAAAAUACACCAGUACACCCACUCUGAGAGUAGGCUGUUCAGCUGUGAACAGUGUGGAAAAACCUUCAAACAGCCAGCCACCCUAAAAAGACACCAGCGUAUGCACACUGGAGAGGAUGUGUACUGGUGUGAACAGUGCGGGAAAUGUUUCCCAAUGUUUUCGAACUUAAAAGACCAUCAAGUCGUCCACACUGUGGAGAAAACGCACCACUGUGACCAGUGUGGGAAAACUUACAAGCAUUUAAACAGCCUAAGACACCAUAGACGAAGCCACACUGGGGAGAGACCAUACAAUGAUGAGAAGCAGAACGGCACAAAUGGACCCAGCAAUGAUAAACCUUACACCUGUGACGAGUGUGGAAGAACCUACAGUCAGAAAAUAACCCUGGACAGACACCAACGUAUGCACACUGGACAGAAGCUGCACCACUGCAAACAGUGUGGGAAAAGUUUCCCCUUAGCAUCUAAACUUAAACUUCAUGAAGUCGUGCACAGUGGGGUUAAAGCGCACCACUGUGACCAGUGUGGCUCCUCAUACACCACUGCUGGUAGUCUCAGAGGACACCAGCUCGUCCACACUGGAGAGAAACCCUACCAGUGCAGGCACUGCAAGAAAACCUUCAAAACAACAUUUGAGGGUACAAGUCAUGAAUGUGUCCACACUAAGAAAAGCUUCCUGCCCUCAGACCACAGGAAGACACACAAUGCAUCUGGAUCGACAGCAAGUUCUUCUUCUGGCUGCAAGAUCAAACUUAAACAACUUGAGAUCAAGCUCCACAGAAUUCAGAUUUAAUUGCUUUAAUGUCUCAGCUGAUCACAUAAAAAGCAGGGAAGCUCUGUUGAAGUGAGAAGCAGGAGGCACAUUAGACAGCAGGUAUGACAUUCAGUCCUGCCACUAUAUAAUCAAAUAGCAGCGAGUACUUUAAUUAUUGUUUUUGUUGGACUGAAAACUGAAAAACACUAAAAAUGCUGCGUUGGUGAAGGCGUGUUGUUUCAGGUACAGCUGGAGGUAACUGAUGCCGAGGUUUGAAACCUGAUCAGGCACCGAAACACUGCACUGAGGUUUAUAUUUGAAGAAUUUAACUGCUCUGGAAAGUUAUCACAGCAGUAAUGAUUUAAUGUUUCAAGAGCCUGGCAGACAGUAGAAAUACGUGUUAGAGCUGCAACAGUUGAGGUUAGUCUGUUGAAAGAAAAUUAAUCAGUACUAUUUUGUUAUAUAAAUUAAAUAUCUUAAUGUUUCAGAUUGUUCCAGACAAAACAAGCAAAUUGAAGAUGUUACUGUGGCCUCUGAGAAAUGCCAUUUUGCUUUGCUAUUUUUUAACAUUUCAUAUAUGGGUUAAUUGAUAAAAUAUUGAUGAAAUCCGUUUAAUUUUUUCCAUGUUCCGUUUGAAUUGUCCUGAAUUCUAUGUUUUAUGAUCUAAGCUCAUUUUUAUCAUCAGAAAGUGUGUAUUCAUGUGGUGGAUGAAGAAAAUUUCAACAGUUCAAUAAAAAGUAUUCAAAUUUAA